CUUCGCCGCAAAAUUGCAAAAUGCCCAACUUGAAAGCAUUUGCGCGCGGGCUCUUUGCGAUGGAGACACACUUCCAGGCCUGUAAAUUUUCGCAAUUCUUGAGGAGAAGUUCGACAUCGACUAUUUUCGCGCUUGCAUCAGGUUCAGUAAGGAGUGCCAUAGCUACAAUCAGGGUCUCCGGUCCGCAUACGGCAGCUGUGCUUCGUCGCAUCGCCAAACUGGAGCAGCCGACGCCACGGAAAGCUCUUCUGCGCAAACUCGUGCACCCUUGCUCGGGCAUUCAUCUCGACACUGCUAUUGUCUUGUGGUUUCCAUCACCUGGCAGUUACACCGGUGAAGACUGUUGCGAGCUUAACGUCCACGGAGGCAUAGGAGUUGUAAGUGCAGUAUUGGGUGCCUUGUCGCAUGUCGAUGGUGUGAGACAAGCAGAGCCAGGAGAGUUCACCAAGAGGGCAUUCAUGAACGGCAAAAUGGACCUAGCAGAAGUCGAAGGCUUGUCAGAUUUGCUAAAGGCUGAGACGGAAGCUCAGAGGGUGCAGGCAUUGGCGCAGAUGGAAGGAAGCCUUAGCAUGCUCUACAGGCAGUGGACAAAUGACCUCAAGAUGUGCCUCGCGAACGUCGAAGCUUUUAUCGACUUCAGCGAGGACCAGGGAAUCGAAGAAACCAUACUGGAUUCUGCUGCAGUGCAGGCCGAGAGACUUGCUGCAGAGAUCCAGAUUCACUUGCUGGACGGGCGACGUGGUGAGAGGCUACGAAGCGGCGUAAAGGUCGCAAUUGUUGGCCGGACCAACGUUGGAAAGAGCAGCUUGUUCAAUGCCUUAUGCCAGAGGGAUGCAGCCAUAGUAUCACCCAUUGCUGGAACAACCAGAGAUGUCGUUGAGAGCACUUUGGACAUUGGUGGCUACCCUGCUGUAUUCUCCGACACGGCAGGCCUUCGGCACAGUGAUGACCUCGUGGAACGUGAAGGAAUUCUGCGUGCCCAGCGCUGGGCAGCUAAUGCAGACUUGGCACUCAUAGUGGUGGAAGCACGAGAAUUGCUCCGAUUCAAUCCUGCAACAGAUUUUGUUGACGAUCACCUGAAGGAAUUAGGAAUAAAGUCGUGCACAGCGCACCGCCUCAUCAUCUUCAACAAACUGGAUCUUUUGUCCGAGGAUGAGAAGGUCAUGGUUGAGGAGCAUGCAAGGAGUAUGCGCAUCGACAGUUGCUUCACCUCGUGUACCAAUCAGCAAGGCAUCGGUGACCUGGUGAAGAUCCUUGGCACACAUCUUGAAGACAUGUGUGGUAGGCCAGUAGACUCGAGCCCCGUUCUGACUCAAGAAAGGCACAGAAGGCAUCUGGAACAGUGCCUGAAACAUUUGAAGCUGUUCAGCACAGAAGUGCGGCAUGAUUCCGUCAUAGGCGCCGAGCACUUGAGGAUUGCACUCACUCACCUGGGGAGAAUAACAGGCCGAGUCUUCACAGAGGAAAUACUUGAUGUUAUAUUCAGAGAUUUCUGCAUAGGAAAGUAAGGUUUUAUGACAGUGUGUGCCUGAGCUGCGGUGAACAGGAGUAGUACAUUAAAUGGAAUAUUUAUGAUGGCAA